AUGGAUGAUGAGGAGCAAAAAGGAUACACCUGGGAGGCUGGAUAUGCAGAAGGAUUGAACAUCAAUGACGUUCUCGUGGAAGAUGAAGGGGGAUCCAUCGAGAAGUCAAUUGCCAAAUAUGUAGCCGACAGUAAACGGAAAGCGCGAUUGGCGAAACGUCCUGAACGAAUUAGGCUCGGAAUUGUAAUGGAAAUACAGGGUGGCUAA